AUGGCCCUCCCACUCCCACCAGGCCUCACGCCCAACGAAGUAGGCUUCCUCUGCGAAAUGGAACUGGUCACAGUAAUUCCCCGCCAAAGACUCGAAGGGCUCGAGCUGCUAGGCGGCCCGACAGACCGCCUCAACCCCCCAUUUCCAACCCAACUCCCCCUCUGGCUCGCCCUCCUCCUCAAACGCCAAAAACGCGCAAACAUCUCCCCUCCACCCUGGCUCUCCCCCACCUCUCUCCAAUCCCUCCUCGAUCUCGAAACCGACCCCAUUCUCGCCGGCGCCCUCGCUCCCGGCCCCGACCUCCCACCAGCACCACCCACCGCCCAAACCUCCAACUCGAGCAACGAACCCCCCAAUCUUCUCUACCUCGACCCCCCCUCCUCCACCUGGCAAACAAGAAGUCCUCCUUUUCUCCCCGACAGCAAUACCAAACGAGCGCAACCAGACGCUCUACCCUAUCAUUGGAACGAGCUGGGAUUUUUGCUGUUGACGCACGCGAGUGAAGAUUUUGCGGAACCGGAUGUCACGCGGAGACUGUUGCGGGAUUUGCGAGAGGUGAGAAUGAGUAAAUUGCGCAAAGGGUUUAAAGCGCUGGAGGCUGGUGCGGGUUUGAAAGUUAAUGGUGUGGGUGCUAUGGAGGUUGCGGAGAUUAGAGGGUUUGUGGGUGGGGUUGUGGAUGGGUUGAGGAGACUCAACGCCUCUCGGGAAGAUUCACAGAGAGAGGCAGAAGGAGAUGAUGAUCAGGAUGCUCUAGGUGGUAGUAGUAGUUACUACCAGGACGAUGAUGAUACGAUGGACAUAUGAGCUAGAUCGGGGUUCAGAAAAGACCCACUCCCAGUGCUGGCUCAUAAUAAGACAGUGACAGCGAAUGAUGCUUCUUGCAUGCAGACAUGCAUCUCGACACAGGAAUGAAAAGGCAACUUUGUAUCGGCACAGCUUGCCUAGGCUCAAGACUUGAAAUCUCGUACAGAUUCCACUGCAGCAUCAAACAGAGUAGAGUGCGAAGGCGAAGUGGACACAUUCAUAUAUUUAUGCUGCGCGGCGAUAUAGUACCUUCCUUACUGUACGCCAUUCGACUCGAUUGGUUGUACAUUGCCACAUCGACCCUACACCCGUUUCGACUCCGUCCGUGCGGAGUACUUUACUCUAGAUUCCAUUUCCUUGCCCUCGACCUGAAUACUGUCCCGAGGGCUGGUGGUGGUACGUACCUCAAAAGGAACCCAUCUCUCAUCGGCGUAGACUCCGCCUUGCUUCGCCAUAUAUAUACAAGCGCAGCCAUAAGCGCGUUCUGCUUCAUCGCGGCUGUCGCCUGAGUCGAACCCCUGUCGACAUCCGAUAUUCCGCGAAACCUGCAUGCGGACUGUAUUUUUGCGUUGCUGAACAUCUUUUUUGGCUGGUCGACUGCCCUUGUUCUCACAAGGUUCGUGGACUGGUGGUGUCAUGAGCAUCUCCUCCACCCCACGCAAGAUUAUGCCUCCACGGGCGUUGGGCUCUCUCCAGAUCGGACCCACGCAGUGAUGCCCACAUCUGGCUCAACCUCUGGCCAAGGCUUCUUGAUCGCAUCCUGUAUCGUGACAAUGGAAUUCCGUGGCCCAGGAACCGCACCCUGCACCACCACAAUCCCGUUUUCUCGGUCCACCUUCAUGACCCUCAAAUUCUGCACCGUACAAUUCUCCGCCCCCAUUCUUCCGGCCAUCUUCUUACCAGGUAAGACUCUCGAACCGGAUCCCUGAGACGCACCUGCAGAACCCAUCGCACGAUGUGUCAAACUGGUACCGUGCGAAGCAGGCUGACCGCUGAAACCCCAUCUUUUCAUACCACCCGCAAAACCCAUACCGCGCGUCACGCCUCGAGCGUCGACAAACUGCCCUUCUUGAAACAGAUCGGCUGAGAUCACAGACCCGACCGCCGGAAGCCCUUGUUCAUUUUUGACGCGAAAUUCUGCCAAUUCCUUCUUGAUAGGAACACCUUGCGCGGCAAAAUGCCCCCUCUCCGGCCGCGUCACGUUUCGCGCUUCUUUGGUACCGAAGCCGACUUGUACUGCCCAAUAGCCAUGUAUUUCUCGUCGUUUGUGACUGACGACCUGACAUCGGUCCAGCUGGAGCACUGUGCAAGGUUCCCGUUUCGCAGUUGUUGGAUCGUAGAUUCCUGUCAUGCCUUUCUUGAUUGCUAUCGCCCCUGUCCGCAGCGGAAAGUUGUGUUCUCUGCGCUCGAAGGCGGCUUUGGCGGUGGCCUGGAGGGUGGGCAGGCUUUUCCCAUGAUUAAAUUUGUGGAGCUUUUUGGGAGGUGCUAUUGAGCGUAUGGUUCGGAUGAAUUGGCGUGGUAGCGAGGGACAGAGGAAUCGCGGGGGCAGCGCAAGA